GGAAUUGGCCGCUGCGCCUUCUCCCGAGGCAUGCUGGGAGCCUGGAGGACUAGCGAGGAGGAGUUGAGAGAACGGAGCGGACGCCAUGGCGGCCGACAUCGAGCAGGUUUUUAGGUCUUUCGUGGUCAGUAAAUUCCGGGAAAUUCAACAAGAGCUUUCCAGUGGAAGGAGUGAAGGCCAGCUGAAUGGUGAAACAAAUACACCUAUUGAAGGAAACCAGGCAGGUGAUGCAGCUGCCUCUGCCAGGAGCCUACCAAAUGAAGAAAUAGUGCAGAAGAUAGAGGAAGUACUUUCUGGGGUCUUAGAUACAGAACUACGAUAUAAACCAGACUUGAAAGAGACCUCCAGAAAAAGUAGAUGUGUAUCUGUACAAACAGAUCCUACUGAUGAGAUUCCCACCAAAAAAUCAAAGAAGCAUAAAAAGCACAAAAAUAAAAAGAAGAAAAAGAAGAAAGAAAAGGAGAAAAAAUAUAAAAGACAGCCAGAAGACUCCGAGUCAAAGCCGAAAUCUCAUCAUGAUGGGAACGUAGAUUUAGAAUCUGAUUCCUAUUUUAAGUUUGAUUCUGAACCUUCAGCAAUGGCACUGGAACAUCCUGUAAGAGCAUUUGGCCCGCCUGAGACCAUUGAUUCCCCUGCAGUUAUGCUAGAACCUCCAGUAGUACCAAUGGAGUUAUCAGAGCCACCCACCUUAGAAACUCUGAAGCCAGUUACAAAACCUGCAGAACUAUCAGUUGGAUCUGCAUCAGUAAGCUCAGAGCAGUCUGUGUCAGUAACACAGGAACCAUCUGUGACAAAGAUUCUGGAUUCCUUUGCAACAGCACCAGUGCCUGCUACAACAGUAGUGCUGAAGUCAUCUGAGCCAGUAGUAACAAUGUCAAUGGAAUAUCAGAUGAAAUCUGCACUGAAAUCUUUGGAGAGCAGAUCUCCAGAGCCAUCAAAGACCAUGCUGGUAGAGCCUCCUGUAGCAAAAGAAACCCUUGUAGCCGCAGAGAUAGCUACUGAGGUUUAUCCUGAACCAAGCACAUCAAUGACAAUGGAUUUUCCAGAGUCACCUGCAGCUGAAGUGCUAAGAUUGCCAGAGCAGCCUGUAGAAGUACCAAUGGAGAUCGCAGAUUCAUCUGUGACAAGACUGCAGGAGUCGCAGGAGCUGCUGAAGACCACAUCGUUGGAGCCGCCGGAGUCGUCGGUGGCCUCAGUGCUAGAGUUGCAGGGGCCACCUUCGACCUCCAUGCCGGAGAUGCAAGGGCCCUCUGUGACUCCCAUGCUGGAGUUACCUGGGCCCUCUGCUCCCCCGGUGCCAGAGUUGUCAGGGCCCCUUUCUACCCCAGUGCCCGAGGUUCCAGGGCCCCCUGCGACAGCAGUGCCUGAGGUGCUGGGGCCCUCUGUGACAGCAGUGCCACCGUUGUCGCAGGAAUUGCCAGGGCCCCCAGCAUCACCUUUGGGGAUGGAGCCACCACAGGAGGUUCCAGAGCCACCUGUGAUGGCACAGGAGGUGCCAGGCCUACCUGUAGUGUCAGCAGCAGUAGAGUUGCCAGGGCAGCCUGCGGUCACAGUAGCAAUGGAGUUGACCGAUCAGCCUGUGACGACGACAGAGUUCCAGCAGCCUGUGGGGAUGACAGCGGUGGAACAUCCUGGGCAUCCUGAGGUGACAACGGCUGCAGGGUUGCUGGGGCAGCCUGAGGCAGCGAUGGUGCUGGAGUUGCCUGGACAGCCAGUGGCAACCACAGCGCUGGAGUUGUCUGGGCAGCCUUCGGUGACUGGGGUGCCGGAGUUGUCUGGGCUGCCUUCGGCAACGAGGGCACUCGAGUUGUCCGGGCAGUCUGUGGCAACUGGGGCACUCGAGUUGUCCGGGCAGCUCAUGGCAGCUGGGGCACUGGAGUUCUCGGGGCAGUCUGGGGCAGCUGGAGCACUGGAGCUUUUGGGGCAGCCUCUGGCAACAGGGGUGCUGGAGUUGCCUGGGCAGCCUGGGGCGCCAGAGUUGCCGGGGCAGCCUGUGGCAACUGUGGCGCUGGAGAUCUCUGUUCAGUCUGUGGUGACAACAUCGGAGCUGUCAACGAUGACCGUGUCGCAGUCCCUGGAGGUGCCCUCGACGACAGCGCUGGAAUCCUAUAAUACGGUAGCACAGGAGCUGCCUACUACAUUAGUGGGGGAGACUUCUGUAACAGUAGGCGUGGAUCCCUUGAUGGCCCAAGAAUCCCAUAUGUUAGCUUCUAACACCAUGGAGACCCAUAUGUUAGCCUCCAACACCAUGGAUUCCCAAAUGCUAGCCUCCAACACCAUGGACUCCCAGAUGCUAGCAUCCAACACCAUGGACUCCCAGAUGUUAGCCUCUAGCUCCAUGGACUCCCAGAUGUUAGCCUCUAGCUCCAUGGACUCCCAGAUGUUAGCCUCUAGCUCCAUGGACUCCCAGAUGUUAGCCACCAGCUCCAUGGACUCCCAGAUGUUAGCCACCAGCUCCAUGGACUCCCAGAUGCUAGCCACCAGCUCCAUGGACUCCCAGAUGUUAGCCACCAGCUCCAUGGACUCCCAGAUGUUAGCCACCAGCUCCAUGGAUUCCCAGAUGUUAGCCACCAGCACCAUGGACUCGCAGAUGUUAGCCACCAGCACCAUGGACUCCCAGAUGUUAGCCACUAGCUCUAUGGAUUCCCAGAUGUUAGCAUCUGGAACUAUGGAUUCUCAAAUGUUAGCUUCUGGCACCAUGGAUGCUCAGAUGUUGGCAUCUGGUACCAUGGAUGCCCAGAUGUUAGCAUCUAGUACUCAAGAUUCUGCUAUGAUGGAUUCAAAAUCUCCAGAUCCCUAUAGGUUAGCUCAGGAUCCUUACAGGUUGGCUCAGGAUCCCUAUAGGUUGGGUCAUGACCCCUAUAGAUUAGGUCAUGAUGCCUACAGGUUAGGACAGGAUCCCUAUAGAUUAGGCCAUGAUCCCUACAGACUAACUCCUGAUCCCUAUAGGAUGUCGCCUAGGCCCUAUAGAAUAGCACCCAGGUCCUAUAGGAUAACACCUAGGCCCUAUAGGUUAGCACCUAGACCCCUGAUGUUGGCAUCUAGACGGUCCAUGAUGAUGUCCUAUGCUGCAGAACGGUCCAUGAUGUCAUCUUAUGAACGCUCUAUGAUGUCUUAUGAGCGAUCUAUGAUGUCUCCUAUGGCUGAGCGCUCUAUGAUGUCAGCCUAUGAGCGCUCUAUGAUGUCAGCCUAUGAGCGCUCUAUGAUGUCUCCUAUGGCUGAACGCUCUAUGAUGUCAGCUUAUGAACGCUCCAUGAUGUCAGCUUAUGAACGCUCCAUGAUGUCCCCUAUGGCUGAUCGAUCUAUGAUGUCCAUGAGUGCUGACCGGUCUAUGAUGUCAUCGUACUCUGCAGCUGACCGGUCUAUGAUGUCAUCGUACUCUGCAGCUGACCGGUCUAUGAUGUCAUCCUAUACCGAUCGUUCAAUGAUGUCCAUGGCAGCUGAUUCUUACACUGAUUCUUACACUGACACAUAUACAGAGGCAUAUAUGGUGCCACCUUUGCCUCCUGAAGAGCCUCCAACAAUGCCACCUUUGCCACCUGAGGAACCACCAAUGACACCACCACUGCCUCCUGAAGAACCCCCAGAGGGUCCAGCAUUGCCUACUGAGCAGACAGUGUUAACAGGUGAAAAUACUUGGCCCACGGAGGUGCCAGCAUUACCUCCUGAAGAAACUGUACCACAACCUGAGCAUCCAGUGAGUCAAAGUGAGAUUUCAGAGACUUCGGCAGUACCUGCUAAUUAUUCAGUGUCUGGAUCAGAGCCGUCAGUGUUAGCAUCGGAGGCCAUUGUGACAGUACCGGAAACACAAGAGCCAGAGUCUGCAGGUAUGUCAACACCUGUUGAGUCUGCUGUAGUAGCAGACCAUGAAAUGGUUCCGGAGAGACCAGUGACUUGUAUGCUUUCUGAAACUCCUGUGUCAGCUGAAUCAACUAUGCUAACAUCAGAGCCACCUCUGAUGUCAGAUAGAGCGGAAACAUUUGACUCUGUGAGAGCUUCAGGACAUGUUGCCUCAGAAGCAUCCGUGGCUCUGCUAGAGCCUCCAGUAACUGUUCCAGAGCAAACAGAGGGUGCUCUGGAGCUGCCAGCCCUGGCUGCAUCAGAACCUCUUGCUGUGGCUAGCCCAGAGCCUCCCGUGGUGGCAGCUCCCGAGCCUCCUGCUAUGGCUAUCCCAGAGCCGCCUGUUGUGGCCUUUCCAGAACCUCCUGCUGUGGCCAUUCCUGAACCUCCUUCCCUGGUGGUUCCUGAACCUCCUGCUGUGGCUGCCCCAGAACCUCCUGCUAUGGCUGCCCUGGAGCUUCCAGCUGUGGCUGAGUCAGAGCACAUUGCCGUCCCUAUGUCAAUUGUUCCUGCCCUGGAGCCUUCUGUGCCUGUCUUGGAACCAGCAAUAUCAGUCCUUCAGCCUGCUGCGAUUGUUUCAGAACCAGGUGUUUCUGCCCAGGAAUCUACUGUGACUGUUUCAGAGCCUGCUGUCCCUGACUUAGAGCAGACUCAAGUAACGUCAACGGAGAUGGCUUUAGAGCCUGCACCGAUGAUAGUGGAGCCUAGUGUUAUGCCAUCACAUGUUAUGAAAGGGAUGACUUUACUAUCUGGUGAUCAAAAUUUUAUUCCAGAGGUUGGUAUGCAGCAGAUUCCAUUGCAUUCAGGUGAAGUGCCACAUGUCGAAGGACACCUGAGUGACACUUAUGAAAGUGGCCAUGUUAUAAAUACAGACCUUAGUAACCAUCUAAUUGCUAAAGAUAUGGAACAUAGUACAGUGUCUGCUACUAGCACUGAUUCCAUUGGUGAAAGUGGUGAAGAGAAAAUUUCGACCAUGGAUGAGACUAAACAAUGCAUGGUAUUGGAUACCUGUCCUGGUGUUAGUGAAGCUGAUGGAGGAGGACCUCUGUCUUCUGCUGAUCCUCUGGCUCUGGAAACUAGCAAAGGUAUUGAGUUUGCCACGGUAUCUGCUCCUGAUUCAGUUAAUAAGUAUGACGUUGAAGUAUCUUUAACGACUCAAGAUACUGAACAUGAUAUGGUCAUUUCCACCAGCCCCAGUGGUGGUAGUGAAGCUGACAUAGAGGGACCUUUGCCUGCUAAAGACAUUCAUCUUGAUUUACCAUCUAAUAAUCUUGUGUGUAAGGAUAUGGAAGAGCCGUUUCCAGUCAAAGACAGUGACCAGGCAUCAGUUGUUCUCAGCCCUAAAGAAAGUAGUGGAGAAGAUAAAGAAGUAACUCUCCCUACUAAGGAAACACUGUUUGAUUCAGGAUUUCCUGCAAGUAUUGAUGAAAUUAAUGAAGCAGACCUAGUGAGACCAUUACUUCCUAAGGACAUGGAACGUCUUGCAAACCUUAGAGCUGGUAUUGAAGGACCUUUGCUUGCAAGUGAAGUUGAACGAGACAAAAUAGCUGCCAGUCCAGUUGUAGUAAGUGUGCCUGAAAGAGCUUCAGAGUCAUCUUCAGAGGAAAAAGAUGACUAUGAAAUUUUUGUGAAAGUUAAGGACACACAUGAAAAAAGCAAGAAAAAUAAGAACCGUGACAAAGGUGAGAAAGAAAAGAAAAGAGAUUCUUCAUUGAGAUCUCGAAGUAAGCGGUCCAAGUCUUCUGAGCACAAGUCCCGCAAGCGUACCAGUGAGUCUCGGUCCAGAGCAAGGAAGCGAUCAUCUAAGUCCAAGUCUCAUCGCUCUCAAACACGGUCACGUUCGCGUUCAAGACGCAGAAGGAGGAGCAGUAGGUCAAGAUCAAAGUCUAGAGGAAGGCGGUCUGUAUCAAAAGAGAAGCGCAAAAGAUCUCCAAAGCACAGGUCCAAAUCUAGGGAAAGGAAAAGGAAAAGAUCAAGUUCCCGAGAUAACCGCAAAACAGCCAGAGCUCGAAGUCGAACCCCGAGUCGCCGGAGUAGAAGUCACACUCCAAGUCGACGAAGAAGAUCUAGAUCUGUUGGUAGAAGAAGAAGUUUCAGCAUAUCUCCUAGCCGAAGGAGCCGCACCCCCAGCCGAAGGAGCCGCACCCCCAGCCGAAGGAGCCGCACCCCCAGCCGAAGGAGUCGCACCCCCAGCCGAAGGAGCCGCACCCCCAGCCGAAGGAGUCGCACCCCCAGCCGAAGGAGAAGAUCAAGGUCUGUGGUAAGAAGACGAAGCUUCAGUAUAUCACCAGUCAGAUUGAGGCGAUCAAGAACACCCUUGAGGAGAAGGUUUAGCAGAUCUCCUAUUCGGCGGAAAAGAUCCAGGUCUUCUGAAAGAGGCAGGUCGCCCAAACGUCUAACAGAUUUGGAUAAGGCUCAAUUACUUGAAAUAGCCAAAGCUAAUGCAGCUGCCAUGUGUGCGAAGGCUGGUGUUCCUUUACCGCCAAACCUAAAGCCUGCACCUCCACCUACAAUAGAAGAGAAAGUUGCAAAAAAGUCAGGAGGAGCUACCAUAGAAGAACUAACUGAGAAAUGCAAACAGAUUGCACAGAGUAAAGAAGAUGAUGAUGUAAUAGUGAAUAAACCCCAUGUUUCGGAUGAAGAAGAAGAAGAACCUCCUUUUUAUCAUCACCCCUUUAAACUCAGUGAACCCAAGCCUAUUUUUUUCAAUCUGAAUAUUGCUGCAGCAAAGCCAACUCCACCAAAAAGCCAGGUAACAUUAACAAAAGAAUUUCCUGUGUCCUCUGGAUCUCAACAUCGGAAAAAAGAAGCAGAUAGUGUUUAUGGAGAAUGGGUUCCUGUGGAGAAAAAUGGUGAAGAAAACAAAGAUGAUGAUAAUGUUUUCAGCAGCAAUUUACCUUCUGAGCCUGUGGAUAUCUCUACAGCAAUGAGUGAGCGGGCACUUGCUCAGAAAAGACUCAGUGAGAAUGCAUUUGACCUUGAAGCCAUGAGCAUGUUAAAUCGAGCUCAAGAGCGGAUUGAUGCCUGGGCUCAGCUGAAUUCCAUUCCUGGCCAGUUCACAGGAAGUACAGGAGUACAGGUUCUGACACAAGAACAGCUGGCAAAUACUGGUGCCCAAGCAUGGAUUAAAAAGGAUCAGUUCUUAAGAGCAGCCCCAGUAACUGGCGGAAUGGGAGCAGUUUUGAUGAGAAAAAUGGGCUGGAGAGAAGGAGAAGGAUUAGGAAAAAACAAAGAAGGAAAUAAGGAACCUAUUCUUGUUGAUUUUAAGACAGACCGAAAAGGUCUUGUUGCAGUAGGAGAAAGAGCACAAAAGAGGUCUGGGAACUUCUCUGCUGCAAUGAAAGACCUUUCAGGUAAACAUCCUGUGUCUGCCUUGAUGGAAAUCUGUAAUAAGAGAAGGUGGCAGCCACCUGAAUUUCUCUUGGUCCAUGAUAGUGGCCCUGAUCAUCGCAAACAUUUUCUCUUUAGGGUAUUGAGAAAUGGAAGCCCUUACCAGCCCAAUUGUAUGUUUUUCUUGAAUAGGUAUUGAUAAAUGGAAGCGCUUACCAGCCCAGCUUUGCCAGCCCUAAUAAGAAGCAUGCUAAAGCCACAGCAGCUACUGUGGUUCUUCAAGCAAUGGGCCUUGUACCAAAGGACCUCAUGGCUAAUGCCACUUGCUUCAGGAGUGCCUCACGUAGAUAGAUUGAGGUUUUAUAUUAAUCAUUUCAGAUAAUUUUACUCUGCAUCACAAUGUAUUUCCUCUUUAACGUUGUAAAUAUUUGGCAAUUUAAGACAUUGUGUAAAAAGCAAUCUGUACAAACAUCUCCAGGCUUUGAUUUUUGUACCAUGGAAAUUGUAUUUAACCAUACAGGGUUUUGGUAUGUUUAUAUUGUUUACCUUAGUGUGAUGUAUUUGUUUAAGUGGCUAACAUCCAAACAAUUGUUUGAAGGCAUCAGUAAUCUUCAGUGUGGAAUGUUAAAUAAUAACGCUUUUAUACUGUAUUUUGUACUAUGAUGUAACUCCCUUUCCUUAUGGCUAGGCUGCUGUAACACUUGCCUGUAAUCAGUGAAGGGCUGUGCACCUUGUACUAUUUCACAAUGGGUUCUGCUGGACAGAUACUGGGCCAGUGUUAAUUGAGGUAAACAAGAGACCUGUUCCAUAGGGCUAAUGCCACCAUCUCCCCUUACAA